AUGCGACAAAAUGUACCUGAGAGAAUGUCUGAUGAAAACACAACAGGGGAACAAACACGACCAAUGUUACCCACACAGGGGAGCGGGGUCGGGAGCGUUGCGGCCCCCGCCCCGACCCCCGACCCCGCUGCCCCCGGUGCCCGCUCAGCGCCGCCCCGCUCUGCCCCCGCAGCCGCCCCGCAGCCCUCGGGCACGGGCUCCCGCGCUGCCGUGGCCGCCUCGCUGCUGAGCGGAGCCGUCAUCCUGGCCCUCUCCGCCUCCUUCGCCGUCUGCUGCUGGCGGGACAGGGCGAGGAGGAACCGCGGCGGGCAGCAGCAUAGGAGGAAAGUCAGAGGAGGAUGGAAAUGUGACUCCUCCACCUCAGAGAGGAGAAGGAAUGCUUUUGGGAGACUGAAACACUACCACCGGCGUGAUUACCACCUCUCUACCCUCUCCAGCUCUGUGUUCCCAGGGGCGUUUGCAGGCUGCAAUAACCUGGCUUUCCAAAGGAACCCAGAAAAUCUGCCAAAGCUGCCCCUGCAGAGCUGGCACCCCAAAGCGCAGGUCUUGCCCCAGCUGGUGUUGCAGCCCAGCACACCACCCAUCACCACCCAGCUCAGCCAGCCGCCCCGCAACGUACUGCUGCCCACCAUGCCUUGCUGCGCUGACCUCCCUGGGGACCUGCUCCCCCUCUACUACAGAAGCUAUGAGGAACAUAAGGUCUUCAACAAGGUCGGGAGGCCAAUUUGAAAAUUUAAACCACCAUUUGACUUCUUUCCUUUUUUCUUUUAACACCAUCAAUGCCUUGAAACUCUGCAGAGCUCAAGAAAGAAUUUCACAGGAGCCAGUUACUGUACCUGGGUUUUCAAAUGGAGAAAAUUUGACACUUCAUGUUGAAAGGCUUUUUUGAUAUAAUCCUUUUAUUUCUCCCCACCAUGUCCAGAAGUGCACAUUUCAAACAAGAGUCCCUGGGUUACAAGCUUCUUAAUUGAUCGUUUUGGUGAGAUGCAUAAAGCCAAGACUCAGCAGCUCCAGCUUAACCUACAGGCUGAGCCUUGCAGACUUUGAGGUUUUAAUCACCAGAAUCUGAUUUUCUGUUUAGGGCUCUUUUAAAGGCUGAAAGUAAAGACAGCCAGUUACCAGGAACAAGGAAUCUAUGCCAUUAGAUAAUUGGAAGCAUUUACAAUUCAUUGCACUUGAAUGUAGGCUGAGAUUUAAAGGGUUUUUUUUGUUGUUGUUAUUCAGAACUCACCCUAUCCUCCCAUUUCUACAGGCAGUUCUAGACUUGCAAGAUGCAGUGACAAGUACGCAAAGGUAGCCAGUCAAGAGGAAAACAGGAAUUUAUCUUUUAUACAAAGGAC